ACCGUUCACGCUCAGAGAGGCUGUCAGUCAGCAGGAGCUCGAGAGAAAACAGCAGUUGGUUGUUUUUAUCACUCGGCGAUUAUUGAACAGACAUUUUGACAUUUCAUGAUACAAUUAACUUGCAAGAGAAAAGUAUACGCUACGUUCUUUGAUAGAGAGGGGAGCGAGAAUGCAGUGUUAUUGUCGCACACCUUUUUACUGAUAGGUAAGUACGCUAACAUUAGCUGUUGUUUAAUUGGUUACUUAGCAAACAAGCUAAAUAGCUAGCCGUCGUUAGCACAGGUGCCCUCACUUAGUUUGGAGACCAUGCAGUAUUAAGAAAGUGCUUGCUGACCUUGACUUGUGUUUUAUACAUAUUUUUCAUUUAGUAGUGUACAGUUUCAUGGGUCGUAUUUGUAGUUUAGCUUUUUGCUAGCCAAGUUGGUUAGCAACAGUCACUAAGCUACUCUUCUAUCUAUUUGUCUCCAAGGUGACAGUGGAUGGUGCUCCAUCCAGCCCCUCACCCAGCUUCUUCUCUGUCUGCCUUCUGGGUGGCUGUCUGCUCUUGCUACCCGUUUCAGAACAAUCCUGGUGCCGUGUCCGGCUGUCUGGAGUCCCGUCCUGUGGAUGACUAAGCUGACGGGGCUCCGUGCCUGUGGCUGCCGCUGGGCGGGCCAAUGCUAGGACCGAGGAAAACGCCGUGGUGAGCGGGUCUGUGGGGAGAUGUCAGAGCGGGGGGAUGCCUCUUCUCGGAGACUGUGUUGUGAUUGAGGGUAUACGCGAGUGUGCACAGUAUACCGACCUCUCUGACCUGGAAUACAGACUAGCGGACCAACUUUUGAGUCUAACUUGUGGUGGCACAUUUAUGGAUGGUUGGGUCGCAGUAUGCCCACCCCCUCAACUACCAUUUCACCAUUGGCUGGAGAGAGUAGCAGCACCGGAGGAGAAGAGGAUCCCAUGUCUGCCACCUCCUCCUCUUCCCUUGGCUCCUCUUUUCGGUUCGUUCCAGCGUUUUGUCUGGGCGUGGUGGCAGCAGUCGUCUUUCAGCUGGCCUGGGGAGGCCUGACUCUCACCUCUUUCUUCUUGAAGUUGUUCAUCUAUGUGUCAUUUGCCCUUCUGUGUUUCCUGGCUGGGAGCUUUGUUCUGCUGGUGAGGAAGAGUCCUCUCAAAGUCAGCAGCUUUCACAGAAACAGGAGGCAGUCAGCGGUACAGCUGGACUUCUUCGACAAGCUUAUGGUAAACAAUACACUCAAACUCCCAACAAUUCCUCAUGAUAUUACUCUGAGAACAUACAGUGAUUUAACCAACUGGCAUUAGUCAGUGAUUAAGAUCCAAACAGACUAAUUUUACUCUCCCAUAUUGCAGAAACAUCCAGACUUAACUUUAAAACAGAAGUUAAAAAAUGUUAGAUGACUGUAGUUUUCAUUUCUGGAAAGUCACCCAUUGUCUUCUGGUCCUCUCAUUCCCCUCACUUAUUUCCCUGCCCUCUUCAUUUCUUCUGCUCCCUCAUCCUCUACAUCUGUCUUAGUCUCAGGCUGUGAUGUUCUGUAAUACAAGAGCUAAAACACACUCCUGUAUUUAGACACACUUAAAUACACACAAAUGCAUAAGGAAAGUUAGGGAAAUUGACAAAGCAUGGAGUGCAUGUUUUGUUUGACUAUUUCAUACAUUGUCCAAAGACAGUGAAGAUUAUUUUAUGGUUCACUCUGGUAAUAUUGCAUUUACAAACUCAGUGUGAAAAUGACUCUACCACAUCUUUCAAAUAACUCUGUUGCAAAUGGAGCAUCAUUACUUUUCUUUUUCAAGUUUUAUCCUUUAAAAUGACUCGCAGAGAACAUUGUGUACCAACAUUUGCAUGGAGUUGAGAUGGAGUUUGUAGACUGUAUUACAUUUGAAGUUUUUCAGUUUCAUGCUACAUUUAUGACAGUUAUGGUCACUCUGUCUUUUGGACAGUCCUAAUUUUUUUCCCCACAAAUAUACACUGAAUUGAGAUAAAAAAAGAAAUACUGAAAGCGUCAUCCUUCAAGUGAACAUGGAUUUUGACAGGGUCUUCCUUUAAAGAUGUAGUUUGAAGUAAAUAAAGCAUCAUAGCUAACAGUAAGUUCAAGUCUUAGCGUAUUGUAAAACAAAUAUUGUCACAAUUUGACGGUGUCAUGAAUAUUCACCUCAAGUGUUAUGAAUUUAUUUUUUUACAAAUUUUGAAGAGACUUUAGAGUUCAGUAUUCAUCCCUGCAUACAGGUUCAUCCUUCCUGCGAAGGAGAAUGAUUGUGUCUUUCUAAGAGGCUGGAGGCCCCACUCAGUGGUGUCUCAUUUUACUCGUGAUUAUUGGAGACUGAUUAUGCUGACGUAUGUUCUUAUAUCCUGUGGUUUGAUGUUUUGAAUGAGUCACAUUGACUUAGGGCUGCUUUGUUUGUCCAAAUUUCAGUCUAAUUAGAAACUUAGCUCAUAGAUUUUAGAGUCAAAAUCAGGAUCAGAGAUUUCUCCUUUUCUCUCUCUCUCCGCUGUUGCUGAAUGUUUCCUUUUUGUUGCUGUCAGGAUGUGAAUGUGACAUCAAAAUGUGUCCUGAUCUUGUACUGCUGUUGUUGUCUUUCAGGCCCGUUUUAUGGUGCCACUUCCUGAGUCAAACCAGAACAGGAGGGUGGUGGUGUCACACAAUGUGGACAAAUCUCUGAAGGAAGGUAAUGGGCCAUUUAGAGAUCUUCUGAAAUGUUUAGCACCAUCUAAUGACCAGACUGAUGCAAAUAUAUUCAGAAAAUGUUGACGUUCUGUCCAGCACCACAGACUUCAGAUCACUGUGUAGCCAUUAAAAAUGCCACUUAAACACUAAAAGACAGAAAAACAAAGCAUACUGCCUCAGAUGAGGGCUACUCCAGCCAACAAUUUCAACUUUACUGCAAAGGUUGCUUUUUCUGCUUUUUAUAGAUUUUGAAUAUUUAUGGAGAAAAGGCAAAGAAUUGAGUUCACAAACAAGUCAUUUCUUCUGAAUGGUUUCAGCUGACUUGAUAUGUCACCCAGCUACAACCUUUAAAACCUUCAGUGUUCAAUGGAAUAAAACUGACAUGAUCAGUGAAGACAAAAAUACAUCUCCAACAUUAUUUUUACCAAAGUAUACAAGGAUUUGUCUUUAAAAUAUGUCUUUCUUAUAAAGUUUAUAGUACCCUGUUGUGGGUUUCUGCCAUCUUAUUUCAGUCCCUGAAAUCUAAAUAUAAACCUUUCCUUAUGUGUCUCCAGUGAAGAGCUCCUGGACUAAAUUUGCCCUCAGAACAGCAGAUAUUUGGUUGCUUUGCUCUUUCAAAUAGACCCAGCACUCACAGCAGUACAGAGUCAUAACCUAAAUAAUUAAAUGUGUCUACAAAUAUAUCAUAUUGUGACCAGUUUUUAUCUCAUAAGAAAUACUCCAGUGCUGUAGUGCAGAAAUGAUCAUAAAGCUGUCUUUACAAAAUAUCAAACGACUGAAUUUGUGCAGUUUGUCAGAUGUUUGAGAUCCAAUGAAAAGCAUGAUGUAUGACAAUGUUGGUGCAAGAAUGGUGACUAUCUGCACUAAAUCCUUACUUCCUCCUUAGUAUAGAACUCCAAAUUCAGAGAAUGUUUUCUUCACUUAAAAAUUAAAUCCAGUUUACUCACUCUCCAAAUCUUAGUCUCCAUUAAGUAAGAUUUGAGAAGAUUCUAUACCAAAUGUUUCUGACACUAUUGGAAAAACUUCACACUUCUGUUUUUUGUGAAAACUGCUGAUGGAUGGGUUUUUAUGGACACACUGACCCGCUGAUGAUCCCUUGUGCUAGAUUACAACACGAGAAAGUCCUAGAUGUCCCUUUUACAUGUACUCACACAGAGAGACUCGGUCAGUGGAACAGUAUUUCUGCCUGCCAAGUAACAGAUGGCUUCAGGAUUUACACCAGGGGUGUGUAUUUACACAUGCUUCUGUGUUUGUUUUGUAAAGGUUAUUGGAUGUCAGUGUAGGGCACAUUUGUCAUUUCUUAAAUUACACUUGUGUGCCACACAGAGAGGACUGUUUUCCAAACUUUAGCACACAGACACAGUUCAUCUGCUACCCCUUAGACCUAGUUAUUGGAAAGAAUACAGUAUAAAACAGUCGCCAGUAUCAGAGCGUUGGUUAAAGAUUAUUUUUUGGACCUUUGCCUUUAUUUGAUCUGACAGGAGAGAAAGAGAGGGUGAAAGAAAGAGGAAGAGAGAGGGAGAGAGGGGGAAUUUGGGUAGAGGGAAGGGGUAUAGGUAUGACAUGUUCUAAAGAGCUGCUGGUUAAAGGUGUACCUGUGGCUAAUGUGUUCAUGACUGUAGCUCUGUCCAAAAUAUCUGCCUUUAGAAUAUGCAGUUUAUCAGUGUACAUAUAUGUGUCUAUAUCUAUAUCUAUAUAUAUCUAUAUAUAUAUCUAUCUCUCUCUCUCUAUAUAUAUAUAUAUAUAUAUAUAUAUAUAUAUAUAUACAUCGAUAUCUAUAUAUAUAUACACUCACCGGCCACUUUAUUAGGUACACCAUGCUAGUAAGGGGUUGGACCCCCUUUUGCCUUCAGAACUGCCUCAAUUCUUCGUGGCAUAGAUUCAACAAGGUGCUGGAAGCAUUCCUCAGAGAGCUUGGUCCAUAUUGACAUGAUGGCAUCACACAGUUGCCGCAGAUUUGUCGGCUGCACAUCCAUGAUGCGAAUCUCCCGUUCCACCACAUCCCAAAGAUGAUCUAUUGGAUUGAGAUCUGGUGACUGUGGAGGCCAUUUGAGUACAGUGAACUCAUUGUCAUGUUCAAGAAACCAGUCUGAGAUGAUUCCAGCUUUAUGACAUGGCGCAUUAUCCUGCUGAAAGUAGCCAUCAGAAGUUGGGUACAUUGUGAUCAUAAAGGGAUGGACAUGGUCAGCAACAAUACUCAGGUAGGCUGUGGCGUUGCAACAAUGCUCAAUUGGUACCAAGGGGCCCAAAGAGUGCCAAGAAAAUAUUCCCCACACCAUGACACCACCACCACCAGCCUGAACCGUUGAUACAAGGCAGGAUGGAUCCAUGCUUUCAUGUUGUUGACGCCAAAUUCUGACCCUACCAUCCGAAUGUCGCAGCAGAAAUCGAGACUCCUCAGACCAGGCAACGUUUUUCCAAUCUUCUAUUGUCCAAUUUCGAUGAGCUUGUGCAAAUUGUAGCCUCAGUUUCCUGUUCUUAGCUGAAAGGAGUGGCACCUGGUGUGGUCUUCUGCUGCUGUAGCCCAUCUGCCUCAAAGUUCGACGUACUGUGCGUUCAGAGAUGCUCUUCUGCCUACCUUGGUUGUAACGGGUGGUUAUUUGAGUCACUGUUGCCUUUCUAUCAGCUCGAACCAGUCUGGCCAUUCUCCUCUGACCUCUGGCAUCAACAAGGCAUUUCCGCCCACAGAACUGCCGCUCACUGGUUUUUUUUUCUUUUUCGGACCAUUCUCUGUAAACCCUAGAGAUGGUUGUGCGUGAAAAUCCCAGUAGAUCAGCAGUUUCUGAAAUACUCAGACCAGCCCUUCUGGCACCAAUAACCAUGCCACGUUCAAAGUCACUCAAAUCACCUUUCUUCCCCAUACUGAUGCUCGGUUUGAACUGCAGGAGAUUGUCUUGACCAUGUCUACAUGCCUAAAUGCACUAAGUUGCUGCCAUGUGAUUGGCUGAUUAGAAAUUAAGUGUUAACGAGCAGUUGGACAGGUGUACCUAAUAAAGUGGCCGGUGAGUGUAUAUAGAUAGAUAUAUAUGUGUGUGUGUAUAUAUGUGUGUAUAUACACAUAUAUACACAUAUGUAUAUAUAUACACAUAUAUACAUAUAUAUAUGUGUAUAUAUACACACAUAUAUAUAUAUGUGUGUGUGUGUGUGUGUGUGUGUGUAUAUAUGUAUAUGUAUACAUGUUUAUAUAUAUAUAUAUAUGUAUAUAUGUAUGUUUUUAUUUUAUUUUAUAAAGCAUAUCCAAUCAGAGUCACCUAAAACAAAUAAUUUAAAAACAUGGACGAUCUGCAUGUGGUCAUCAUUGAUGGCUUCACCCUGUAUUCUUGUGUUUGUUUUUUUGGUCAUGUUGGGUAUUCGUUGUGCAUCAGUUGUGUGGGUAAAGUUUAUAUUUCUUGUCCAGACUUUACAAUAUAAAGGAAACUCAGAGACUAAAAAAACAAACAUACCCCCAGGCACAUCAAAGCUGGUCUUGCAGCAUUUGAUGGCUCAACACCUUUCACAACACGUGUUGUUGUUUUCCUCUGAAAAUGUGUGUUGAAGCUGUAAAAUAGUGGCUUACAAGUAGCAUUUUCUUCCAACUAUGUUCACCUUGACCCUUUUCAGUUUUCAGAGACAAAAGGAGAUGAAAAAAAAAACAGAAUAAGAAAAAUGUUAUGUACCAUAGUUAUUUUUUGUUUUUAGAUGACAAGAUACUUACAUGGUUUCAUACAGAAUAUAAGUAAUUGGAUUUUUAGCUACCACCUAGCUCUGGCUUUACUCUGUGGAGACUAUACCUGAUCUGACCUGUGCAUGUAUUUGUGGGGCUGGUGAUCACCUUGUCUGACCUUGUCUGCCUGCUUUCUGUCUGCCUGAGUCCAUCAUUUUGAAAGCUAAUUUUCUUUGGAUUAAAUUCCAAUUUUGGGAAUUGUUCAUCUGUGUAAAGUAAACUUGUUAUAUAGUGCAGCUAUGAGUCUCUUUGCAAUUCAUUUUCCUGCAGAAAUAAGAUUGGAUUUCUCUUGUUUCUCUCUUGUUUCCUCAGUGUUUGACUACGCCUACCGAGACUACAUCCUGUCCUGGUACAUCCCUUUGAGUCAUGAUGAGGGCCAGUUGUACUCUAUGCUUUCAGAUGACUGGUGGCAGAUGAUUGGACAGCUGAGAUCCAGGCUUGCUGAUUUUGACCUUGUUAAUGUGGUGUGUUAUGACACCAUCCGAAUCCUACACACACAUUUCACUGACCUCAAGGCUGCCUCUGCAAGGUACACAAACACACUUCCUUACGUUAUCUUAGUUUAUCGUAGUUGCGUUGUCUUAGUUUACACUCAGAGGAGGCUGCUUGUUUGAUUGUUAUUUUGUUCAUAGUUAUUUGGAUUAUCCUGAUAAAUGUGAUUUAAACCUUCACAGCUAAAUUACGGAAUUUUUGAAGUAAUGAUACUCUCAAAAGAGAGCUUAGUCUUCCAACUGACGUAUCAUCAUAUGUUUGUGAUAUUUUGGGUGUAAUGGCACCAAAAUCUUGCGACUCAUCAUGAUAUUAAGUCCACAGCAUGAUAUCACAAUAUAUAGAGAUGAAGACUUGGGGAAAAAGGCAUUUUUUUAGCUGUGAGUUGUUUGGAGUACAUCAUGAAAUCCCCCCAUCUGUGGGGAGUGAGAUGCGCUCUGCUUGCGUCAGAGUCUGUGUGACUUUGACUUUUGUCUUUUUGUGGAGAGCGUCUGACUAAAGUAUGGCAGUGAUGGGAAUUUAUUCUUACACUCCCGCGUGUUUACUACCUUUCUAGAGCCUUUAUUGGUAACACAGAAAAUGUCCAUGGGUCUUUGGCUGUAUAUUAAAUCAUACAGCUUUCGACAUCUUGAGCUCUGGAACUGUCAGAGGGAAGUGAGGCUGUAAACGCGUCAUACAGACUCUCUUGGCCUGUUAGAUUUCUUCCCUCACAUCUCAUCAAAUCUUUUUGGGGUGAUGAUUUCCCAAGUGGCUUUCCAUAUUCCGUGUAUCUCCUGACAUGAAGGCCAACCACAAUCUGAUGGUGUCUGCAUAUUGAUUUUUGUUUGUCUGUCUUCUUUCUCAUUUCUUGACACAGGGAAACCUAAAUGCUUCUAGUCACUGGAACAUCCACAAUUUAAAAACCAUCCCCGUGGUCCUCACCACCACAGCUGGUGUCUGCAGUGAGCAGAGUGAAAAGGAUGAGAUGCACUUAUGAGACAAUAGUCUUUGUUCUCUUCCUGAUCUGCUCCACUGUGGCUAAAAUAAAACUCCACCCAUCGUUUUAAAAUCAUCACAGACUCAUGAUAGUUUUCUUUUUAGGAUAACUUGAAAUCGACAAUACUGUUCCACCCCUAGUGAUUUUACUUUGUGUUUUAUUUUAUGUAAAACUUAAUGAGUUUUAACAGGUAGCCACAAUCUGACCAUGCAGUAUUGUGAGCAGAAUCUUGUUUAAAUUGAUCAGCUGAUCUUACAUAGUCCUCAGGCAUUAUGAGCAUGAUGCUUUUAAAGACAGAAAUGAGCACCACUAUAAUUAUCAUCCGCUUGUUCAGGUCUUUAAUCUUUACUGUAUAUCCAAAGAAAUUGCAGCAGCACUUGGCUCAGGAGCAUUGAUAAGUACGCUGCUCAGAGUUUUGUGUGUUUAUUAGGGAAUCUCACAGAAAUGCAGUUUCUUUUUUUCCAUUAAUGAACUAUUUUCUUUCCUGCCAUGUCAUAAAAUAGCUCAUCAACCUUCAUAAACUUUUAGGAUAGGCUGUAGGGAUUCAAGAGACCAGACCAUAUGUUUCAUCAAAGAAACAUCACGAAAAGCAAAGAGGAGAAGUACUUCUUACUAAGAACAACUUUUUUUAAUGAAUUACAGGAUAACCUCAUGGUCUGCUCUGCUGGGUGUUGUUCAGUGUGCAAGCUGAAAAAACAGUCUUGCAUGCCUAAAUGGUAAAUGAAGUGCUUCCAACCGAGACACAACAUCCUCCCAGCAACUGAUAGCAAUUGUGCACUGAACUCGGGGCUUGUCUUCUAUGGCAGAGUAUGAGUAACAGUGUUCUUGUUCAGUCAGGUUUUAAGCAAAGCAAAGACAAUGAGAUGUGAUGUGACACAGCCGAAGUGUAAAUAACAAUGGCAGAGUUGUCUCUAUCAUGGAAAUAGCUUUUAUUCAAAUAUCCUCUGACAUUGACUACAAGGGGGCUCGUCCGAAUAGUGUUUCAGACUCACCUUGUCCCUUUCAUUUUCCAUCUCGGCCUUAAUCUGUGUCUCUCACAUGCUCUAAUCCAGGCCAGAGGAGUGCGCUCGACCGUUCCCUCUCCAUCCCUGUUUGGUCAGUCCAGAAUCAGAGCUGGCCUUCCUCCGCUGUGUAGCCAGAAUACUGCUGCUAUGUCUGCUGCCACAAAAGGAUGCCAAGUCACAUACACUACGCUGCUGCCUCACAGAAGUUAUCACUACUAAAGGUACUGCCCAUGUGCUUGUUUGUUUGUGCGAGUCCUCUUUAUGAUUCUGUACUCUUGUUUUAUUUUGAUAUGGUCAUCCUUCGAUACAGAUUUAAUUUGAUUUGACUCUAGGGACAUACCAAAAUUCAGCAGGUAGCAGAUAUUUUAAUGUGAUAACAGUAUUAGAACAAGUUUUAUCCAUAAACUGUAAACUAUAUCACAGAGUGAAAAAUCAAACAUGUUCCACUGAAAUUGAAGAGUAGUGGGGCAGAGGAAUUUUUUUUCGGGGUUGAAAAGCUUUUCCGCUCACUUAUGCGCCCCCUUCCUUCUUCUUGUAAAACAUAAAAAAACACAUCAUGUUAGCUCCUUAUCUGUGCAGUCAGUUAACCAUCACUGUUAAGGGGUUACCUAGCACAAGAUGCUAGCUCUGCGAAUACUUUAUAUGCUACUAGUUAUUGUUCAUAAACAUUUUUUAUUCAGUCUCCUGUUUUGAGUUUAUUUCCCUUAGAAUUUUCUCAUUCAGCACAUUUUUUGUAAACUAGGCAGCAGGCUAGGCUAUAGGGGCCCCUACUCCAUUUGAGAAAGGUAUAUGCCUGCAGUGAAUCAUGUGAGCAGAGGGGAAAGAGUUGGUCAUGAACCAUAAAAUAAAUUAAAUUAAAUUAAUCUUAUCUAAUCUCAUCUCAUUUUAUCUCAUCUCAUCUUAUCUUAUCUCAUCUUAUUUUAUAUUAUCUUUAAUCUGAUGAUUUACAUCUGAACAGUAUAUCUUUGUUCUUCAAUAUAAAAUUGGACUUCUCUUGAAAUUUGGACCCUACUCUGGGCAUUUUUUCCCUUUUUCUCACUAAGCAUAAAAAUAAUCUCCAUCCUCUCAUUUUUUCUCAUUCUUGGUCCUAAUACUCUUAUCCACAUCUUGGAGCUGUAUCCUUGGAAACACUGUGUUAUGGGCUCUUGGAAGACCAACAGCCAGUACCAAUGUUUUAGUUGUCAACAGUUUAAUAGCACAGAGUGUGAGUGGGAAUCCAGCAAUCCAAAACUAAAGCAAUGAAAUGACCAUGAUGGCUGACAGCCAGUCACAGAAAUUGUAACAGAGAUUUUUUUUUUAAGAUCUUAUGUAUAACAUGACAAAUACCCCUAAAUAUUAGGCAGCACCACAUUUCCUGACCUGCAUGACCUUGCUAAGUUCAUUGAAUGUUAAUUUUUUUUCACAGUCACUGUGAAAAGAGAUGACAGGAUUGUGAUGACAAUCCUGUCAUCUCUGCUCUCAGACGAUUUUUCCAUUUGUUUACCUUUUUUUUUCUUUUUUUCUGCUCAAGUGUUGAAGCCUUUGGUAGAAGUGCUGAGUGACCCCGACUCCAUAAAUCGGAUGCUGUUGUCUCAGCUGGAGCAGAGGGAGCAGCAGGCCGAGCAGCAAAAGAAAGCCUACACCUACGCUGCCUCCUAUGAAGACUUCAUCAAACUGAUUUCAACCUCUGCUGAUGUCAAUUUCCUCAAACAACUCAGGCAUGAUAUGAGAAUUGUUCUUCACCUGCACCACCUGUGCUGACCUGUAUAUAGCCAGACUUCCUUCAAUGGAUCAUUAUACUGUAUAGAAACAAAAUAAUGUGGAGAAGGCUGUUAACCAGUCUUUUUGCUGCUGCAAGGUUACCAUGGGAACAGACAGUGUCUGUGCAGAAAUGGACUGGAUCUAAAUGCAGGGUUGAUAUGAUAAUGGUGUUUUUGUUGCCUGAAUGUGAGACACAGUGGCACAGUCCAUGUUUCUGAUAACUAUAAGCAAUCCUACAGUCUAAGACAGAUUUGUCUCCUUUGUCAGGCUCUGCCUUAUAGUUCAAUUUAGCUCUAGAGUCACUUUGCAUCAUUCACAUUCACCAUAAACCUCAUAAUACUCUCUUUACAUCUUGGUAAUUUCAGUAGUAUUCUGUAUAAUGUUUAUCCUUGGGGAAUUCAUUUUGUUUAUUUUCUACAUUCUGACAAAUGAUUGUAACUUUGCAUCUCUGUGUUUCCCCAUAGGUAUCAGAUUGUGGUAGAAAUUAUUCAUGCCACCACCAUCAGCAGCCUGCCUCAGCUCAAAAAGCAGAAAGGUACAGAGACACUUAAGUUCACCUCAUGAUAGAAAGGCCAAUAGAUGAACUCAAAAGAAAACAGAAAGGGGGAGUUUAACCCUCUAGGUGACCAAGUCAUUUUCAAAUCCAUUACAACUUCCACCAAGCCUUCUAGGCUCUCUGCUUUACAACAUUUAGGGAUGUAUUCACUGAGCAACUGUAAAAUUCUCAUCUGUUUAUUGUAACAGCUCUGGAAUGGUUAGUAAUGUCAGGCCUGACGGGACCUUAUUUGCUGUCUUGGUCACAGGCAUGAUUACCCUCAGGUAUUGCGUCCACCCCUCUGUCAAAGUAGGUUACAGCCUGAGAUCUGACAUUGGGGACUAAACCUGGGAGCUCAAGUGACAUUUAACAAGAUUUAGAUCCUGUGGCCAUGCUUGUGGCUCUCUGAAGCAGAGUUACAUGCUAAUGCUAAAGGAGAGGACGUUUAGUCAGACUGACUCACUUAGGUCUGCAGAGUUAACAUUCAGGUAGCACUUCACAAAAAGGUUGAUGGGCAUGAUUGGAAAUUUCCAGUUUAUUAGAAAUUUAGUCAUAAACCAGGCUUAUGAAUAAAAAUCGAACUGGUCAUAAUAUUGGGCAAAAAUCUGUGGAUUUUCAAAUUUACCUUUUUUUUAAAAAAAUGAUCCUCAUGGUCCAUGUAAGUGUUCAGUGAAAACGGGUUUACACUUAACUUCUAUCCACUAUUUUUGUUCCUUCCCUUUAGAUCGGAAAGGUAAAGAGUCAGCCGCCAUGAAGGCAGAUCUGCUCAGGGCCAGAGACAUGAAACGUUAUAUCAAUCAGCUAACUGUAGCUAAGAAACAAUGUGAGAAAAGGAUCCGCCUCCUUGGGGGACCAAACUAUGAAAAUAAUGAGGAAGGAGGUGCUGAUGACAGUGAUGAGCCCCAAAGUCAAAAGGUAACACUCAUAUCACUUGGACUAUAACAUCUUAAAAACACAAGCUUAUAUCUUGAAUGAAUUUUGUGGCCUGUAAUUUGGAUUUAUCUGCUGAGCACAGCUGAUGUUUGUCUGUCGUUCCAGAUUCUCCAGUUUGAUGACAUCCUGUGUAAUCCAGGUUACAGGGAGCAUUUCAGAGUUUAUAUGGAAAGAGUUGAUAAGAGAGCUCUGAUAAGCUUCUGGGAACUAGUGGAAACACUGAAAACUGCCAACAAGGUAAAGUACACAAACACAAGCACACACAGAGUGUUAAUGUGCCUUUACAUUAGAAUGAAAACUUGAUGAUGUCAAUUGUAUCUGCAAUGCUGAGUGGAUUUUUACUCUUACAAUAUUGGUGUUUAGUGAAGUAUGUAAGUAACAGGUUUAUUUGUUUGUCCAUGUGUUACAGAAUGAAGUGCCCCAAAUUGUUGGGGAAAUCUACCAGAAAUUCUUUGCAGAGAGCAGGGAGAUCCCAGUGGAAAAGGUUCUUCUGAAGGAGAUUCAGCAGAGUCUGGUGGGGAACAGAGGAACACAAGUGUUUGUCAGACUUCAAGAACAGGUGACGCUGUUUUCCUUAACCUCAGAGGUGCAACUGAUGUUUUACUGCAUCCAAAUGAUCUCUGGUUACAAAGUAUAUCUUUUCGUUUUCUUCUUUUUCUCUAGGUGGCGGAGACAAUGAGGGAGCGUUACUACCCUUCAUUCCUGGUGUCUGACCUCUAUGAGAAGCUGAUAAGGCGAGACGAGCAGUACAGUCAAUCCCAAUGUAGCACUGAGGAGAAGGAGGAAGGGGUCGGUCAUAGACUGUUAUAAAAAAAAAACUAGUUUUCUAAAAUAGCCAGAAUGCACAUUUGAAGUGUGUUGGUCUAUAAAUCUAAAUCACCCUCAUUCAUUUAUUUUUGUCUUCAGUGUCAGGGUCUAGAUGUGGGAGAGGAGGUGCGUGAUGAAGGAAGUAAAGGAAUCAAUGAGCAGGCCAGUUAUGCAGCCACAAAACUGUGCCAGCUCUACGACAAACUGGAAUAUAAGCGACAGGCCUUGGGUUCUAUCCAGAACGCACCCAAACCUGACAAAAAGGUGAGGUUGCAAGUAAAGGGGAGGCUCUAUGUAAUCCCAGUCCAUUUACUAAAAGUCAUAUAACCCAAUACACUGAGGCCAAAGCAAUUUUUGCUCCAAGAUCACAGCUUAAUGGUCUAGGAUAUUAAAUCUACUUAUCUAAGUGCUUCCAUCAAGAUUCUCUUUUCUGCUAAGUCAAGCUGACGACUCACUGGAGGAGUUACAAAACAGAAUUGACCUGCAACAAGAAAAUGAUCACGUCUAUGUCCAAUCACUGAGUAUUAUAUGAAUAAAAAUGGAAGGUUAUGGUCUUUCUAACCAUUUAAACCUUAAAUUUAACUGAAUAUAGUGCAGACAACACAUCAAAUGUUGAAACUGGUGAAUUUUAGUGUCCUCUGAAAAAUACAUGCUCAUGUAAAAUGUGAUGCUAUCUCUAUAGAGAUUUCGUCUCCAGGGUUUUUCAGUGACACAAUCAUCUGUAGAUGAUACAGUCUGCUAAUUCUUCAUAAUGGUGUGCUGACAAACAUGAUCCUGAGUUACUGAUCUAUUUUCUCACACUGUCUCUUAAAAAAGGAUGGACUUUUUUCAUCUUUACAUCUCAGAGACUCUCAGAAUGUCCCUCACUAAUCUGCUGCAAAUUAACCCUUGUAGAUCGCAGGUUUUCUGCCAAACUUAAUCUGUUUUGAAAGGUGCUGCUGACAUCAAAUUAAAAAUAAGCGUACAAUAAAUGUAUUCAGUGUCACUAUAAGGCAUGCUGCCAUUGCACCAUUUUUUAAUUGAUUUAUAAACCAUCAGAAUCAGUUUUUUUUUAAUCACUUUGUCACACAGCGACCCAGCUUUUUUGAAAUUGAGUUUGUUUUUGCUAUCUUCGUGUUUUUCAGUCUGAGUAACCUGAAAACAUCCACAAUACUGAUUAUAAACAUUUGACAAGCCUUGAAAUAUCUUUAAAUGAAAAUAUCCAUACUCCUCUUGUUUGAUAGGUGUUCACCCAUGCAUAACCUAGACAUUUUACUAUUCUUCACAUGCCUGUUUAAACUCUUUCAUAUGUACGUUUGUAGAUAGUCAGCAAACUAAAAGAAGAGAUUGGAGCCAUGGAGAAAGAACACAGUGAACUCCAGCAACACAUCACCAGAACUGACCUGUGGUGUGAAAACCUCGGCCACUGGAGGGCAACUAUAACUACUGCUGAGGUGCUGUUCAGGUUUUUGUUUCUUUUUCUUCAUUGAAUUCUUUGCAACUAAAAACAGUUUCAUCUAAUAGGAAAGUCUCUAGUCAUUUGAAAGGAAAACUCCAAUAUUAGACAUAAUGUUAUAAUUUUGUGUUGAAGAACUGAUAAUACAAAAGUUUAUUCAGCUCAAACGUAAAGGGCUCUAACUGAAAGCUUUAAUCUGUGACAGUGUCAUGAGCCUUGCACUAAAAUGUUAAAAUGACUGUUUCAGUAUGUGGAGUAAUUUUGAAUCGAAAUGUAAGCAAGUAGUGUUUGUUUGUUUUUUUUCUGUUAAAUGAGGUAACUGUCUGAAGGAAUCAUCGCUGUAAUGUGUUUGACACGUGAAGUAACAACCUGACCCCCUCAGUGGUCUGUUUCUCACCUGCUGUCUUGGUCAGUCUGCGGUGAUGUGUCCCAGGCUUUUUUGUACCUCUGUCUUAUUUCAACCAAAAACGUGUAAGGGUAGAACCCAUCUGAAAGAAACUUGAACUCUCUUUUUAGUUGUGUCUAAAAACACACAUACAGAUGUGUUUUUAGCCCUGUAUCGUCAAACCUCCAGCCUGAUACAUUGGAUGUGAAUGCCAUCACAUAAGUAUGCAUUCAUUGUUAUUGUCAACAGAUGUGGAAUAAGCUGCUUGUGCUUACUCUUUAAAAUAACAGGAAAAUGUCUUUGUUUGUAUCACAGGCUACGGAGGAAGGUGGUGAGACAGUUGCUUGUUACAGUGUCUGCGUAAGCCUGAUAGAUGCAGAGGAGACAGGUAACAGUCGCUGGAGCGUUCAGAGAAAACUCACUGAGUUCCAGAUGCUGCACCGUAAACUCACCGAGGUAAUGCUGAACCCACAACUCUAUGAAAGUAUGUUUUUUUACAAACUUGUGAGAGCACUCAUUACUAAAAUUCUUGGUUUUCUACAUUAAUGUUAUCUGAAAAAAAACACACAUUUUCUUUGCUUUUCUCACUGUUUUCCCUCCCACUCACAAGGAAAUUGUAUUUCAAUGAAUGAGUGCAAUAGAAAGGCUGCUAAAAAUGGUUUCAUGAAAUCAAUAAUGAUCUAUUUAGAUUGCACAUGACAUGAUAAAGACUGAACUCAUAGCGCAGGUCAUCUCAAGAUCUUCCUGACUUCAGGAAGGAGGUGCCUAAAGUGUUCAGGCAAUGACUAUCCUCCACUGUACAUGUCAUACUUUCUAGAAGAAGAAUGGAAAUCUAACAUACAACACUCUGUCCCCCCCCCCCCUUUACCCAGUGUUUUCCAUCAUUGAAGAAACUCCAGCUACCAUCAAUCAGUAAACUUCCCUUCAAGUCCAUCGAUCAGAAAUUCUUGGACAAGAGCAAAACGCAGCUCAAUGCCUUCCUCCAGGUAAAUAUGUCAGUAGAACCUACUGUAAAGCUAUAUUACACCAUACUCACAUUACAGCUGGCUUUGAAAGAACGUAACUCGGGUGCUUUCAGCCUUAACCUGUGUCUGCUUGAUACAGCACAAAGCUGUAGAAUGUUGAUAAAAACAGAUCUUGAUGAUUUGCAAAUCAUUAAACCCAAUUUAUGAUUGAAAGUCGUGCAAAGACAACAAAUCAGAUGCUAAACUUGAAAAAUGUUAUUGUCUUAUUGCUUUGUUUCAUUCUAAAUUCAAUGCCAGCAACACAUAAAAAAGUCCAGACAGGGACAACAAAACACUGGAAAAGUUGUGCAAUGAUUAAGAAAUGGCUUUGAGGAAUAUUUCUUCAAAAAUAAGGUUAGUUUGCGACAGGUUAGUGAAACAACUGGGUCAAAAGGUCACCCCAGAGAGACUGAGUUUUGAGAAGUAAAGAUAGGAAGAGGUUCACCACUCAGAGAGAUAUCAUGAACAAAUAGUUCAAAAUGUCAGGGUAUUAUUUCUCAGGGUCCAACUGCAACAAAUCAUUUAUAGUACAUAACAUUUUAAAAGAUUUACAGGAUCUGGAGAAACGUCUACAAAAGGGACAAGGACCAAAACCAGUACUGGAUGGUUGUUGUCUUUUCACCUCAAGCAGCAAAAAAACCAAACACAAUCUGUUGCUGCAUCCACAAAUUUAGAUCAAAACAGAACCAUGCAGAGAAGAAACCAGAUACAAACAUCAUUCAGAAAUGCCAGUGACUUCCAUGGGCAGGGUCUGUUUAAAAAAAACAAACAAAACAGCUGUCCUGUGUAGCCUGAUGAUGUCAAAUAUGACAUUUGUUUUGGAAAUCAAGAAUGAUGAUACCCUCUGCUCAAACAAGGAGAGGGACCACACAGGUCAAAGGCCAGCAUUCAUGACACUAUAGGGAGGCUCAAGUGUCCAUGAUAUGAGUAGUUGCUAAACAAUAUUUUUGCAGGUUCUGGAACAACAUAUUCAACUUUUUGAAAUGUAUUGAUGGCGUUAAUAAUAAAAAGCAUUUUUAACAAAAUUAUUCAGUUUUGCAAUAUUGAUAAUUAGUUUUUCUCUCUGAUUUUUGCCAGUGAAAAGUUUCAGUUUAAAUCACCUGCAAACCAUCAAAAUAUGUUUUUGUUUCACAGGAUCUCAUUUUGUACAUUUUUUUAUGUGAUGAUUAUGUGUGUGUGUGUGUGUGUGUGUGUGUGUGUGUGUGUGUGUGUGUGUGUGUGUGUGUGUGUGUGUGUGUGUGUGUGUGUAGCGUCUGCUGGCAGAUGAGCGAUUGUGCCAGUCAGAGGCUCUCUAUGCGUUCCUCAGCCCGUCCCCUGAGCAUCUGAAGGUAAUUUUGUGUCUGUACUUGAAUUUUAUGGUAGACAAGUCUCUAAUAUGUUCUUGCUACAAUAGACCACUGAGAAGCUUGAGAAGGUGUCUCAGGUUGUAGAUUGGAAUAAGGAUUUUGUAAAUGAAGUUUGGUAGAAAGCCCAUUGUUUACAGUCUGGGUUGCUAGUGCUACAGGAGCCCUACAAGUGUUGCCUAUUCCUCUUUUAUCGACAACAACUAGAUUCAAAGUAUUAUUUAGGGGAACUUCUGCCAGGUGUACAGGGCAAUAUUGUUAUCUGUUCACAGCUUUCUAUAAAACACAUAGUAAGACUUAAAACUGUUGUAUCAUUGUUCUAUUCUGUGUAUUUUAGAGUGACAUAUAUUGGUUCAAUUUUUGAAGGUGAUGUCAAUCCAGAAGAAGUCCUCCUUCUCUCUGGCCUCCUUCUUGGAGAGGCUACCUGGAGAUUUCUUCUCACACACGGAGGUACACUGUCAUAUGUGUUUUUUAAGAGACACAAAGUUGUACAUGUAUUCCUGAUUGGAUGGCGGCUGAUCUGUGUAUGUGCUUGUAACAGGAGGAGGCUGAUGAAGACAGCGACUUGUCAGACUAUGGUGAUGAAGGAGACGGAAGGAAAGAUGCCUUGGCUGAACCCUGCUUCAUGCUCAUAGGAGAGAUUUUUGAACUCAGAGGAAGUGAGCAGUUCACAGUUUCUGUUGAAUGACUGAUUUGACUUUCUGAUGUCAUGAAAGAGAGAGGUCUGGAUAUGUAGAUAACUGUCUCUAUCUCUAUGGCUAACAGUUAAGUGUUUUUGUUUUUUUUACCCUUUGUGAAUAACCUUAUCUCAUCAGCUCCCCUCUCCUUCUGUCCUCAGUGUUUAAAUGGGUGAGGAAGACUCUUAUUGCACUAGUCCAGGUGACAUUUGGACGAACUAUCAACAAGUAAGUUCAAGCAAGUAGGCAUUCAAGGACUGUCAAAGUGAGGGCUCACAGAAAAACUGAAGAGUAGUAAAUGGAUUCACCAUGGUCACUUCCUGAGUCUGUAAUUAAUAACUUUUAAUUUCCCUGAGGUCACCUCCCCAAAAGGAUAAAUGAAGUUGUAUCUAAUCAAAUCUAAUAAUGGAGGAACAGAAAUAUGUGCAGUAGAACUGUAAAAGCUCCUGCUCCUCCAAAGAUAUUUUUGUAUCAUUAGUUGAACCUUCCCUUUGACACUCAGAGCAAAGUGAAGAGUUUUUUUCAGGACGAAAUAUAAGACUAUUGUUGCCCUUAUCUCCUUAAAAGAAAUGAUCACACUAAGCUUUUCCGCUCAAUGAAAAAUGUAAAUUUCCCCUGUUACUAUGCACGAAUACUAAAGUUCCAGCCUUGCAAUCGAACUGCUUGAUUGAGGGAAAAUAAUCCUGAUUAUUUUGAUUGAUACUGAGAUCAUGAUUGAAUACUAUAGCAACUAAUUUGACGUCUACAUUGUAUGCUAAACUUAAACAUUAACAUUCUGAACAUUUUGAAAAACCACAAAAAAAAGUAGAAAUAUAAAGACAAAAACCUUUAUUUUGUCUGCCAAAGCCUCACUGUCUGUGUAACUGGACUAAUGAGGUAAAUAAGACAAGAUAAGAUACACUUUGAUUUGUCCCACUACAAGGACAUUUUCUGUGUUUACGGCAGCAAAAGAAAGAAUGGUAUUGAAUAAUACAGCAGUAAACCUGAUAUGAAUUUAAAAAAAUCAUGUUUCAGUACUGGCAGGAACCAUUUACUGCAUAAAUACCUCACUUUAGGAACUUUGACUUAAUUUUUGAUGAUGAUAAAUUAAACACAAGACUAACUUGUGUAGUAUUGUAUUCUUACACUGUUAUCAAAAAGUAAAGAACCUUAGCUCUUUUACUGCAUACACUUUAUCAUGGGCUGAGAUCAAACCUAUCAUUCAGCCUUUCUAAUCCUCUCGUCUUUAUAAUGUCAAGACUUGAGGUUAUAUUUUGAGACAUUGUUUGCCAUUCUGCCUGGUAGUCGUUGUGGGUCUGAUAGAUUUUGUUGUCCAUCAAUCUGAGCUCCUAGUCGUGGCAUUAAAGUGAGAGCUGGAUUAAACUGUAACACUUUAAUCUUGAUCACUUAGUUUUCCGGACUGUGGUCAGCUGAAAUCAUAACUGAAAUUAAAACCUUAUCACUGCCCCAGUCCUUUCUUGAAAGCUGUUGCUUUGUUGACUUGUAUUGCAAAGGGUUUACUGUUGACCCAAAAAGCCACAGGUGAUGCUAAAUUUCUCAUGAACCCCAACCCAAAUAAGCACUGGAAACAGUCUUUUAAACACUGAAGGUGUGUACCCUAAAACCUUAAUAUUGGUAUGUACCUCUAGUCUUUAUCUGGGCAUCUAUUUCGAUGCUUAACUCUACUGGUGCCCAUCCCUUUGUGUAGGUGUUUUAGGCUCGAGUAUCUGGUAACAACUCUCUGGCUAACUUUUUCAUAUCUCCAGUACUGUUGAAAUAUGCUGUAUCAUUCGUCAAAUUUAUUUUAAAAAUGUGAACGUUAAUUUGUAUAAAAAAGGGAAAAGGGGAGGGUGAAUCUCCAAAAGGGAAGUUGUUAUGUUUUCAUAACCCGCUCUAUAGUGAUGAAACUGUUUCUUGUGUUAGUUGUAUUGUUCUCUGAGAUCAAGUGUUAGACUGACAUCUUUCAUGCCCUACAUCAGACAGAUCCGGGACACAGUAAACUGGAUCUUCUGUGAGCAGAUGUUGGUGUGUUACAUUAGUGUGUUCAGGGACACCUUCUGGCCAAACGGGAAGUUGGCACCUCACGUCAAAGUCCGAACUGACUCUGAACGCAGUGAAACCAAGGAACGGGCUCAACAGAAACUACUUGACAAUAUUCCAGGUAACCAUUGAAGAACAUUUUUGUGACGUGUUAAUCUCUCAUUUUUGCUUAACCUGAAAUAUGGAUUGUUAACUUUGUCUCAUUCAGACCUCUUUAUUUUUUUAUCAGAUGCACUAGCAAAUCUAGUUGGCCAGCAAAAUGCUCGCUAUGGAAUCAUCAAGAUCUUUAAUGCCCUACAGGAGGCUAGUGCAAACAAACAUCUUCUUUAUGUAAGAAUGACAAAUACUCAUGUAAAAAAACAUCUUUGUGAGACACAAAGAUUUACAAUUUGUAACUACUGCUGGUAAUCAAAUUAUUUUGUCUCUUUGUCCCCCUUCAGGUGUUGAUGGAGAUGUUACUCAAGGAAGUAUGUCCUGAACUCAGAGCAGAGGUGGACAACAUCUGAACUCACACACUCGCUCAAUACACAGAGUCUUUGGAUCCUUUUGGCCUUUCUGUAGCUGAUCCAUUAAACUGCCAAGCAAGACAGUGUGACGGCCUUUUGGUUUAACCUUAGACAGAAAGCAGCUGGAAGAACUUUGCUGUGAAACGAUGAAAAGCUGACCUGACGCCAGGCUGACAGAGGCUGCUGUUUGACUGUGCUGUGGUACUGAUCUAUUUGUGUCUGUCUGUAGUUCAGAGUCCACAUUCACACAGAACCAAACUGAAUUUUUGACACUUUGUGACAUUGUUACUUCUUUUUCUUAUCUUAACACCGGAUCUGUACCACAACACCAUUAAGAAGAGAUCUUUGUUUCUGUGUUAAUCAUGUGGUCUAUAGAUUACAGGCAGGGUAUGAACUUACAAAAGUAAACACUUGAUUGUUUGGUCAACAGUUUCUACAGCUGAUAACUCAAUGCCCUUGAGUUGAUGCAGCACCUAUGGUUGAGGUUCAGAUUUUUAUUGUCCUUCGCAGGCAAGAGGUGUGUCAUUGCCCAUGGACCUCAGAACAUUCCUCCAACACACAACCUGAGCAACAACACUUGUGUUCUCUGUGAUUCUUGUUAAGGCUUAUAAUUGUGCAAUAUAAUGUCAAGUAACAGUCAUUGUGAUGAUUUUAUUUAUGAUUAUUAUUGAUAGAUUUUAUUUUUACCAAAAAUUGUUUAGAGAGCGUUUAUAUAAGCAAUAAAAAUAUCAAAUAAAUAAAA